CGAAAUAUCGUACAUAAUAUAUAUCAUGUAAAUUGAAGUAAUAUAGGACCAUGGGAAUCGAAGCGACGCUAAUAUGCGUCGAUAACUCAGAGUACUCGAGGAACGGAGAUUUCCCUCCCAGCAGGUUGGCUGCGCAGGUGGACGCAAUAGGGUUAAUCGCAAGCGCCAGGCUCUCUGAACAUUUUGAAAACUUGGUGGGUAUUGUCUGCCUCGCAGCCCAUGGGUCGCGUCUUAUAGCCGCGCCCUCAAAUGACCUGGGUACUUUUCUUGCAGGACUCCAAAUGGUAAAACCAUACGGAGAAAGCGAAUUCUUAAAGGGUCUUCAAACUGCACAGUUGGCAUUAAAGCACAGAUUAAAUAAAUCACAGCAACAACGUAUCAUAUGCUUCGUUGCAAGUCCGAUCAAAGAAAAUAGUGCACUUUGUACCAGUGUAGGGAAAUUGUUAAAGAAGAACAAUGUUAUAUUGGAUAUCAUUAAUAUGUGCAACGACAUCGAGACUGAACGUAAGCUUAUUUUGCUACAUGAGGCAGUUAACAACAAUGAUAUGUCUCACUACCUUAACUGUAAACCAGGUUCCGAUAUGUUGCUCAGUGAAAUAAUUCUCAAUUCCGCAAUAAUGCAAGGCGGUAGCGAUUCCAAUAGUUCUGUCAGAUACAGCUCGAACUUGAACGAAUUGGAUGUGGAUCCCGAAUUAGACCCUCAACUGUACAUGGCUCUAAGGAUGUCUCUAGAACAAGAGGAAGAACGUCUCCAACGAGAAUCCACUCCUGCACUACCGGAAGAUAGUAACACGGAAACUAUGUUGACAAUGGCGGAUCUCGAAAAUGAAAUCAAGGACAUGGCCGGUCUAGAGGUCGUUCCUUUACCUAGGGUCAUGGAGAUGUUGAUGACCUGUGAGGGUAACAGCGAACUAUUGGAAUCUCUGAUUUAUUCCCUCCCGGAGGUGGAUAUGGAGGACGAACGUCUCAAGGAACUGCUAGAGAAACUUAAAGUAUUGCUUCCAAGGUUGCAGUUGCAGUAGAAUCAUUUAUCAAACAGAGCUAUCGUCGGCAUUGAUUAAUAUGUCAUUUACCACCUUGGUUAAUAUGAGCUCAGUAAACAAAUCUCAAAA